AUGAGCGAGGUAAAGGUUGAGAGCACUCUGAACCCAGGACAAGAUUAUGAUCUAAUAGUAGUAGGAGCAGGUGUUGUAGGAAGUGCGGCUGCCGCAGCUUUCGGCAAGCAAGGGAGAAAAGUCUUAUUGAUCGAGAGAGAUUUGAGUGAACCCGAUCGUAUCGUUGGGGAAUUGCUCCAACCGGGGGGUGUUAUUGCUCUCGAGAAACUUGGACUGGAUCACUGCUUGAAAGACAUUGACGCAAUAGCGUGUCAUGGCUAUGCUGUCUUUUAUCGUGGACAGCCAGUUGACAUUCCUUAUCCUACUCGUGACGAUGGGAAUAAGGCUAUCGGCAGAUCGUUUCAUCAUGGCAGGUUUAUAAUGAACUUGCGAAAGGCUGCAUCUGAAGUAUCCACCGUCACAAUAUUUGAAGGCACGGCCAGUGAGAUACUACUUUGUCCUAUAACAAAUCGUGCCUUGGGUGUUUCUGUCACGCCAAAGGGACAGAGUGAGAUAACCAAAAAUUUUUUCGCUCCACUUACAAUUGUGGCGGACGGAUGUUACUCUAAAUUUAGGAAGGAAUUUGUUCCCCGGAGCGUACAAGUUAAAUCACAUUUUGUUGGGUUUAUUUUGAGAGACUGUACGCUUCCAUUUCCGAAUCGUGGCCACGUCAUUUUAUGUAAAACAUCACCAACUCUUAUGUAUCAGAUUGGAGAACAUGAAACUAGGGUAUUGGUUGAUAUCCCUGGUAAAUUACCAAGUAAUGGGUCUGGUGCUCUCAAG